AUGUCACAGGAGCGCGGCGGGCAGGAGCGGCCGGAGGUGAGCGGCGCAGCCUGGAGAGGGGAGAAACCGCGGGGUUUAUUUCUGCAGGCGAAAGAGCGACUCGGGCCUCCCGGAGGGGCGUCGAACCCAGCCGGCUGGGGCUCUCCGGGGGGAUUUUCAGGCAGCUCCUGCCCGGCAGCGCCGUGCCCCGGACUUUCCCCCGCGAAAGCGGCGCUGCGGGCCGGGCGCGGUGGUCGCCAUGUGACGGCCAUGUGGGCGGCGGCACCUGGCGCGGCUCCCCCGGCCCGGGGCGGGGUGUCCUGCGGGGUCCCGGCGGGGGCCAGCGCGCUGCCCCGGGGCGCGGCGGCCGAGGGCGGCCAGCAGAGUCAUGAAGAAGAUGACAGAAAAGUAAGGAGGAGAGAAAAAAAUCGAGUUGCUGCACAGAGGAGCCGGAAGAAGCAAACUCAGAAAGCAGAUAAACUUCACGAGGAAUAUGAGUCUCUUGAGCAAGAAAAUACCUCCCUGAAAAGAGAAAUUGGAAAGCUAACAGAUGAAAUGAAACACUUGAGUGAAGUGUUGAAGGAUCAUGAAAAGAUCUGUCCACUAUUGCACUGCACCAUGAACUUUAUGACCAUACCAAGGCCUGAUGCACUUGCCAGCUGCCUACCAAGAUGAGUGCUCCCCUCAAUCACCUCUAAAUGUGAUGUGUGAAAGUGCCAUUAACGGAACGUUUGAAGAACUGCCUACUUAGUGUGCAGUUCUUCCAUCAAAGAGGGCUGGACUCGACCACGACCACGCAGCUCUCCUCCACGUUGAAAUGUUACAGUCUUUGAAUCUCAGGAAAACACCAGUAUGGAAAAAAAGACAAUUUGAACAGCAGCUUCUAACUUGGUAGACACUUCAAGCCAUGGUUUUGCCUUUGGAAAUGUCAAAGUGCCGUGCAGCCCACUAUAGAGCGAUGGAAUGUAGACAGGGAAAAGUACCGACCUCAGGCUGGGAUGCCUUUCUCCCACACAUCCACUGCCAGUAGCCCUUUGUCACUUGUCACCCGUGUAUGUCAUGAUCUGGCUGCUGGGUUUUAUCUCUCUGAACAGGUUUGGUUAAUAAAAGCGAUGUCUCAUCUUUA